UUAUUGGAUGUUUUUCGUUCGUUCUCAUACCAGAAUUUCCGCACUUUAUUUCAUUGCGGGUUUACUUUUAGCGAACGUUUUUAGGAGCACUGAUGGGUCCAUUCUAAUACCAGAAUUUCCGUAGAAAUUUCUAAGGCGUUUAUGUCAUUGCGGGUCGACUUCUUGUGUUUUUAUGUGCAGUAAAUUGAAUCUUGAUGGACUUAAAUGGAAUACCUCCACGGAAGUCCUCUAACCUAUGUCGAAUUGAUUGGUUACCUAAUGUCCGUGUAGGAAAAUUAAAACGCCUUUCGCUGAAUAUAUAAAUGGUAGAUUUGAUGAGAUUCGUUCACACAGAAGUUUGAAUGUGUUGUGCCAGUGUUAUCGCGAUCUUUGUACUUCAAUUAAAACCAGUGUCUGCGAGUACAACGCUGAGAUAGCAGGAAUCGUACGCCCGCCAUUCACAAUCGAGUUUCCAGAAAGCGGUGGUGAUAAUUUAAUUAGAUUUUGUGAGAUUGUGAUUAUUUGGAUCUGAUAAACUCCGGAUGGUUCCGGACAUAGGAUAAUUAAGACGAAAGUCGUGGAACUGUGAGAAACGUUUGUGAAACGAAUGAAUAAUUUAAUAGACUGUAAUUAGUUGGAAUACAUAGUGCAGGUGGAUUUAUACAGACAAUAUGAAGACAUUUUCAAUUCAAACAUGCAACCAAAUACUGGUGUUGUUAUGGAUGCACGUGACCAGCAUAUCUAGCGAUACACAGACCACGUGGAGUGAGUGUUCUAGAUCAUGUGAUACCGGAUUAGCUAAUCGUACAGUGUCUUGUUUACAGACUGACCAAUCAUGUAAUAAUGGUAUAAAAUAUGAAUAUAAAUUAUGUAAUAAAGAGCCAUGUUUAGAAACAAGUGUAGAUUGGAGAUCUGAACAGUGUACUGUACAUAAUACAAAACCAAUGCGCGGAGUAAUCCAUCAAUGGAUACCGGAACUCGACCCAUUACAACCAUGUGCUUUAUUAUGUAAAACUAAAGAAACAAAAGGUUGGUUGCGUCAUAAAUUUUCUGACAAGGUCGCGGAUGGUACAAAAUGUAAAGAUGGCGCAGAUGAUGUUUGUAUCAGUGGACAGUGCUUGCCAAUAGGAUGCGAUGAUAUUGUUGGAUACGAUGCUGUUAAGGAUGAUUGUUUUUCCGGAACUAAUUACGAAUGGCGAAUGGAAUGGCUGCCAUGUUCUACAUCUUGUGGUACAGGAUAUCAGAAAACGAAUAUUACAUGUCUAGAUGUGAACACGGAUGAACAUGUUGUGAACACGCUAUGUGAUGCUGAUAGGCAACCACAUGAGAUGACCAUGGAGUGUUUUAGUGAAAACUGUACGGAGAUUUAUAAAGAUAUGUUACCGCCAUGUGAAGGUGGGGCGUGUCCAGAAUGGAUCCCUGAAGAAUGGUCUCUGUGUCCGGUAACCUGUGGUCAAGGGUAUCAGUUCCGACAAGUUAACUGUAAAAAUGGCGGAUGUCCAGAAGAAACUAAACCUAUGAGUAAAAGAUUGUGUAUUACAAGUACACCAUGUGCAGACAGUGAUAAUUUUUUUGAUGUCGAUUAUCAAGCUGAUGAAUCGGUUGCCCUGGUAACUACAACUGAAGAUGGUUACAGAGAUGAUGAGAUGGCAGACGGAGAUCGUUUUGAUAUACCAAGAUAUGUAAGUGGUAAUUGGAGUGUAUGUAGUACGACAUGUGGAGAAGGUGUGAAGACCAGAAUGAUUUAUUGUCAAAUGUUUAACAAUCAAACAGAGCAGAUUGAAAUUCUACCUGAUAAAGAAUGUGGUGACCAAACCCGUCCGGUCGAGAUUGAAGAGUGUAGUGCGAUGGCUGAAUGUGACGAAACGGAGAUUCCCGAUAUAAACCCAAUGUCAAAUCAAACUAAUAGUACAGCAUAUGAAUGGAAAAUUGGCAAUUAUUCGGUCUGUAGCAGUAGUUGUCUUGCAGGAGAAGAAUAUCCCAAUCUGUUAUGUGUUAAUGAAGAUGGUUCCAGUGUUAGUCCAUCAUAUUGUUCUGAUAUAAAGAAACCGGUUGUUAAACCACGUGUCUGCAAUGAUAUACCAUGCCCACCCAGGUGGGAGAUAGGAGAGUAUGGAAUGUGUACUGCUGAAUGUGGUGGAGGAAUACAACAAAGACCAGUACAGUGUAUAGAAGAACUAUCUAAAGUUUCUAGACAUCCAGUAGAUACCUUCAGGUGUCCCGAUCCUAUACCGAUGUCAGAAAGAAGUUGUAAUACACAGUUCUGUCCUUCCAGAUGGAUGACCAGAGAUUGGUCUGAGUGUUCAUCAUCUUGUGGUGUUGGUCUACAAACUAGGCGAGCAUAUUGUAUUAAAUCCCCAAUACAAGGUCGUCAAGUCACCGUGUCAGAUACCGAAUGUAUGGGACCCAAACCAAUGACUUCCAGAGAGUGUCAUGCCGGAAACUGCUUUGAUGUGGAAACUCCUCCGCCGGUCAUCAAAUCCGAAAAUUAUACCUACGUUCAGUUCCGACGUUCAAAGCGUGUAAAGUUGAUAAUUGGUGGAGACGUUGUUUUGCUACCAGGACAAUCCGUUAUCAUCAAAUGCCCGGUAAAAAAUUACCAGAGAAAGUUAAUCUUCUGGAGUAAAGGAUACAAGCUGAUCCCAAUGGCGGGACGAGUUCAGACAACUUUCAGCGGGAAUCUGAGAAUACGAAAAACUGAACCGGCAAUAGAUACAGGAAGUUACACGUGUAUUGCAGGAAUGCAGAGUGCUGACAUCGAGAUAAAGUUUCAGAGUAAACGAGAUGCCAUAAAACAGGCAAGAGAAAUGCAGCAACUUUUGGCCGAAACUAACUCAAACGCCAACUUAAACCUUCCAUUAAAAGACGAAGCUAGCGGACCUGGAGUGAUUCGAGAUCCGCAUUAUAAUGCUACUAAACAACUUGUGUUUACUACCGGACGCUGGUCCCAAUGUUCUAAAACUUGUGGCUCGGGACAUCAAACACGUAAAGCGAAAUGUACCCGUAUAACAUUUAAAUAUAUGAAGAUGCUUGAUGAUCGAGAAUGCUUAAAGAGGGGUCUGGUUAAACCAGUUGAAAUACAGAAAUGUCUCAUUCAGGAAGAUUGUCCAAAUUGGGAAAUUGGGAAAUGGUCUAGGUGUAAGAAAGACCAGUGUGUGCGAGAUGGUUACGCCCAGAGGAAACGUGCGAUACAUUGUAAUUAUUCCAAUGGUACUAGAGCAUCCCUAGAGGUCUGUCAUGCUCUAGAAAGACCUGAACACAAGAAGGAGUGUCGUAGUUUUGAUUGUUAUAGUGUUUGGAAAACCAGCAAAUGGACGGAGUGUUUUCCUCGAUGUGCCAAGAAAGGAUAUAAAAGUAGAACAUUAACGUGUCUAUGGAAGAGAUCAAAGAAACCAGCAUGGUCAUCUUGUAAGGCAAAGUCGCGACCAAUAACCAAGAAAACCUGCAGACCAAAACCUUGUCUUGCAGAAUGUGAAGAUAAGUCACGAUACUGUAAUCUAGUCGGCAUGUUAAAAAUGUGUCGUUAUUCCAACUUCCGGUAUAAUUGUUGUGGAACAUGCCAGGACUAUAUGAAGAGAAAUUCGUGAAGGAAUAAAACAUUCUAUUCUGCUGAAGAAUACCUCUAUAGACAGUGAUGUACAUAGUGCCAUUUCAUAUAAAUAAUAAAAAAAAUAUUCGUGCAGGAUAUAAACCGUGUAUAAACCUCUAUUUUAUUUUAUAAAUCAAAGUAUUUUUGAACAUCAUUUAAUAGUGUGUAUCGUUAAAUAUUGUGUAUUUAUCGUAAUGUGAAAGCAGAAGAUUUGUGAACAAUGACCUACUGAUUAAAGGGAAGCAACUCUUAUAAGUUAAGCAUGGGCGCAGACCGACAAAUUACAAAUUGUGAACCUGUCGGUUGUUAGAAUUAAUUAUCGCCAUCUGUUUGCAAUCUGGAAUCAAGGAUAUUCGCGGAAUUGUAAACAUCACGUAAAAAGUUAAUUCCACCCUAAAGGCACUCAUGAAAUUUUUAGAAAAAUAGUUCAAAACCCUGAUCAGUCAAGAAGCUUCACGUGAUUAGUCAACCAGUAAAAACGCCAAAAUUUCGAUUUUGUUGCAGUCACUUCGGUAAUUUUAUCAAACUACUAUUCUCAAGUUUUGCGUUUGAGAGCCGUAGUUCUGAACGACCAAUAGCAGCAUGAAAUCAAUACAAACUAAAGUAAACUUCAAAUAGAUAUUAGUUUACAUUGACCAAUUUAAAUAAUUCUUUUACCAAUAUAUUUUUAGUUCGAAUACUUCUCAGACUCUAUAUUUAUCUUUCGUUUUGUAAAUUGAAAGUUGGGAUGUAUUUUAAACUGAACAUAGAGAUCUAUUGUAAAUUGAAAGUAGAGAUCUAUUGUAAAUUGAGAGUAUAGAUUUAUUAUAAACUGAAAGUAGAGAUAUAUUGUAAAUCGAAAGUUGAGAUGUAAUUUAAACUGAAAGUAGAGCUUUAUUCUAUUGACAGUUGAGAGUUGAGAUGUAUUUUAAACUGAAAGUAGAGCUGUAUUCUAUUGAAAGUAGAGAUGUAUUGUAAAUUGAAAGUAGGGAUGUAUUGUAAAUUGAAAGUAGGGAUGUAUUGUAAAUUGAAAGUAGGUAUGUAUAGUAAACUAGAAUGUAGUUUUAGUAUAAUUAUAGUGGAAUAUAUGGUUUAUAUUAAACAGUAUACACUAUAUUUAUUUUUGUAUAUUAUAUUAAAGUCAAUCCUAAUGUAAAUACUAGUAUACACCCUUAUCAGUGUUUAUGAUCUAUGAAAA